UAUAUAUUUUUUUCGUCUCUAAAUGACAUCUGACAUUGAAAUAUCAUCACGAUUACUCAUUCUUUCAUUUGUACAUGUGACGCUAGGCUAGGAUCAAGAGUACAAGUUUAAUAAAUCCCAAAUAUUGCUGCUAGAAUGGGAAUGAAAGUUGAUGCUGGACAUCAUCAGUCGUGCAAUAUAUCACUUUUAUCAAGUUUUGAAUUUGAUUAACGACGUUAACUAACGUAUUGCCCGAGUGAGAGCUGAGGUGAGCCAGCACAUCGCCUCCUUCGGCCAGAGCAGCGCGAUUGAUUGCUGCUGUUUCCCCCGUUCACAUCAAUCCUGGACUGGAGUUCCGGUACCGGAGUCCUGUGACCCUGUACGUGACUGUUGAAUGUUCUGUGUUUGAGUGUUCGAGAGAGUGCCAUUUGCCGAUCAUCUUCACAUGAACCAUACAAUAAUCAUCACCAUUAUAUCCAAAAACUAUUAAAUAAUCGUGUGACCUAUCCCUCUUGCUCGCUUGGACCUGGGACACACGCCAUUCACCAUAGGCGACUACAGAGAACUCAACAUGAUGGAAACGGAGACCACGGUAACCACGCGGGUCUUCAGGCCGUUCAAGAUCACCGCGCUCGUCCUGUGCGUCAUCGCCGCGGUAGGGAGCGUGGCGUCUAUCGCGAACAAAGCCUGGGUGGUGUCUGCGAGUUACGAGCAGGGACUGUGGCAGGAGUGUUAUAACGGCUCCAGGACCAUUACUCCGGGGCAAACUCUUCCCACCAACCAACCCAUGAUGUGUUAUUCAGCAAUGCCUUCAGCAUGGUUGACGUCGGCUAGAGCUUUUGCCCUAGUAGCUCUAGUCAUCCUUGUCAUUGCCAUCCUAACUGCCAUCAUCUCAUUUAUCAAGGGUCAGCAGUUCUCAAGACUCUUUGUCGUUGCUGGAGUUUUGGUACUAUUGGCUGCCAUGUGCCAGCUAAUUCCUCUCAUCAUCUUCCCAACCAAGUUCAUCGCGGAGGAUGUAAUCUUUGGUCGGACAAACUUCGACCUCCACUGGGGGUGGGGCCUGGGCCUUGGUGUCUUUUUCAUUGAGGUCGCAGCAGGCAUUGUCUUUAUCGUCGCUCCCGACACGCAGGAGAUACACUAUAGCGAGAAGACAGUUUAUACGAAUGGAGGUACCAUGGAAUGAUGAUGCCGGUGAAGCAUGAGGUAAUUGAUGAACUGAAUUUUUUAAGAUCAGUCAACUUCGUUGGACAAACGUCCAUCAUUCUACCCACCCUUAAACACAUUUCAAGGCAUCUGUCAGCUCUGCAUGAAGGUUUCAUUAUGCAGACACUCUGCUAUUGGUUCUCCUUUUUAGAAAAUUAUUAUAAAUUAGGAUGGAGGUUUGAUGUCCAAUAAGCAGAUAAAAUUAAAGAUACUCUUUUCUCCAGGGUUUUCUCAACACACAUGCAUCAAAUAGGAGAGAAAAAUCAUGAAGGAUUUUACUUUGUAGUAUUGUUUGAAGGUACUUUCAAAUUGUUUAGAGAUAUUGAUUGCAAACUGCAAAGUUCUUGAGAUUGCUGUCUUGGUCUGGACAAACAACCCAUUCAGCCCAUCCAAACAACAUCUUGGGUAUGAUAAUAAUAAUGAUAGGCAUUUGUAUAGCGCCAUAUAUCUAGAAGUAUUCUAUUCCGAGGCGCAUUGUUAUUAUCAUUAUUACCCUGGCUUUAGCUCGAGCUGCCUUUCAGCGCUCAUGCAUUCAAGGAAUUAAUCCUGCCGGGUACCCAUUCACCUCACCUGGGUCGAGUGCUGGUCGAGUAUACUGGUACAUCCAAUUCAUUUUCGUACAAAAAUGAAUCAUGAAUAAUAAAUUGUAUGCAGAAACUGACAAGAAACGUCAAGUGAUUGCAUGCCAUUGUGCAUCAUACUCCGCAGUUUGACCCAGGAAGCUAGAUAGAGGUCAACUUGGAGUGUAUGUGAUGCAUGUUUGAAUCACAAGCAGGCCCCUAUAGUGACAUGACAUCAAUAUAUUUUGUUCAAUCAUCAAUCUACAUGUAGUAUGUAUGGUAUCUUCAAAUCUAUUUUCAGUGAUCGUGAUUGUUUAGAAUGGCAUUUCAAAACAAAUCUAAGUGUUUUUGUGUUUGCUCUCUACAAGUCAUAUCUUUUUAUGACUAAUAAAAAUGAGAGGACACUACAGAUGUCUAAGAAUUGUGAUUAAAAUCCCUUUUGCGUUUAAUGAGCAAUCAUGAUUGCGUAGAAUCAGGUUUUUAAAAUGCACCUUUACAAUGUUUCGUGUUCAUUUUCAUGACCGACAGAAAAUGUUAGGAAUUGAGGGUGAGUUAUUCAGAUCCAAGGGUGUGAUAUUGUUUUCUUUGAAUUCUUUUGUUAUCAGUCAUUGAUAAGAAAGCAUCACCUUCGCACCAGCAGCUACUCAUUCUAAAAGUAUGCCACGAUAUCUGAAACUUGACAAUUUGUAAACACACAUGCUGUGUACUGUUAACAUUUAUACAUGUAGUUCACUGACCAUUCUUUCUAUUUCGAUGUGUUGAUGAAGAGCUUGGAACGAUAAAAACCAAGAACAUGUACCAUACAAUACAUGAACCUGCCAACUGGAUCUGGAAAAAAAAAUGCAUGAAGGAGAAAGAAUGGAAGAGUUCAUUUUAAUCUAGCCAAGCCCUUUAUUAUUUUGCGAAGAAACUGGUCUGUUUUUAAUGACAAUGCAACUUAAAGUGCAUUCAUAUCCAAUCUGCGGAGUGCUCAAGGCGUUAAUUGUCAUUGUUAACCCGGCUGUAGCUGGCAACCUUCCAGACGCACCUGUCAGGCACAUCAAAGGAUGCACAGUAACUCAGGAAUCUGGAUAUUAUUUUGAAAUUCAUAUUCUCAAAAUAUAUUUUGAGGUUACUACAUGUAGGCAUUUGUUUACAAGCAUCAGAUUUUAAUGCAUUUCUCAGCAUUCCGCUCGACUUAUUUGUCUCUACUUACUCAGAAAAAUUUUUUUUUUGGCGGAGUAAACUUCCCCUUUAAGAAUGCACCCGUGUAAGUUCUCCAAGUAAGUUAAUGAACACUGAGAUAUGUGUCUCUAUGGAAUGAUUUGUAGCAAGGACAAAGUCAGUCAUAAUAGAAGACAUAUCACAAAGGUCAAGUAUGUCUUGUUUAUGUACACAUGCUAGUCUUAUUCAUAAGCUUUAUGUGAUAUUCCUUUACCUGUCAAUCCAUUAUAGUCUUAAUUAUUCAAAGCCUUAUUGUGGCUUUCCAAAAGAUGAUAUCUACUGUAACAGUCAAAUAACUUUAAAUUGUUUUUAUAGGUCUUAAUCAUGUCCAUGGUGACUGACACCCAAUCAACUUUUUUUUCCUAAUUACUUUCUUAUUAUAAUUCUAAAGUUAAAACCAAUUUUUGGUACAUGUAGAUGCAUGUUUACAUAAUUGGAGAAGUUCACAAAAGUUGAAAACUAAACAGUACACCCACACAUACUAAAUACAUGUAGUGCAGAUACAGAUCAUUUUAAUCAUGAUGUCAACUGAAGGGGUGGUCUUUGUUUAUGAAACAAUUCAUCUGUGAGAAUCUAAACUUUAGGCCUACAUGUUCACCUGUAACUCACUGGAAUACCGAUAGUUCAAGGAUUUGCUUUCAUUCCCUUCAAAGCAUUCAUUAAUUUUUAGUAUUUGUGGAAUUAUUAGUACACUUGUGUUUAGGAAUUUUGGGAGUGAUGACAUUUGCAUGGCAUGUGGGCAGUUCAUGUUUUAGGGGCACUAUAUAUUUGUGCUUAAACACCAUGAAGACAAAUACUUAAAAAAAAAUGGAUUUCAUCUGAUACAUAGGUAAAUUUGAAAAUAUUUGACAGAUGAAUUCUUCAUGUUUUAUGUCAGACAGUACUUUUGUAUAUCUUCUACAUUUUUCAAGUAUGUAUAAUUUCUUCCAAAUUCCUUUUUGAUAAAAUUACUCUGGAGAGUCAUUUUUCAAUAUUGUCACGUCGAUGCAAGAAUGCCUUUAAAAGCAUAACAUUUUUGCGCACUGUAUGGGUGCAGAAACACCCUUAUGCUAUGCUGCUACUAAGGGCAUUUUUGCACACAUACCAUGCGCGAAUGUGUGGUAUGAAGGGUGUUCUUGCACCGACACACCAUUACAAUAUUUUGUGUGUGUUUUUUUUUCCUUAAAAUUGAUUCUUUAUCCCUUAUUCCUGUGUACAUAUCACUUUCCCAUGUACUGUUAUACCCCUCGAAUAUUUGCGAGAGUCUUAAAGCAGAUAUUAUUUUUAAACUUUUCCCUUUAUUUUACUUCUUCAAAUUGUGUGACCAAUUUUGACGGCAAAAUUGAAUUCUGCAAUAAGGACUUAUCUGUAGAUUUUUUGUAAAUAUUUGCAAAGUUGACAUCUUCCUGCAAUGCGAUUUGCUUUUAAGUCUUAUUUAUUAUUCACAAAUCCAGUGUUAAACACAGUGUACAACACAGUGUACAUGUACUUUGUAUUGUACAUAAUUUUGCUGUAUUCAAUAUGUAAUGGCUUUUUCCCUUUACAAGUAUUCAUUUUUAGAAUCACUGAAAUAAAACUUUCAUGAAUAUGUAGUUGUCAUUGAAAAUGUACUUAUAGCUGUAGUUGUAGAUAUUUUAAGGGGAAAAAAUCAAGUACUAAUUUACAGUAGCUUUGUAUUCAGAAAGGUAUGGUCCCAAUAUUAAAUGCUACUGUACAAAAUGUGUUAAAGUUUUCAAAUUGUAAAUGUACUUAUUUGUGAUAUUUUAGUGGGCAAGGGGAGUAUGCAAAAGCUUCAUUUGUAGCAUUUUGACUAUGGUAACUUUUACACUCCCCCAUUUGGUCAAAAUGUGGACAAGACUUGCAUGCAUGUACAUGUACAUUUAUUUGUGUUUUGCAUACUUUUUUGUCCUUUUUGUAGCAAUGACAAAAUUGUUGAUUCUUUAAUAAUCCUUGCAAGUUGCAACAAUGUGCCUUUAAUGUAAUCACUAUGUAUCACAUCGGGUUCAUGACUAAUUUUCUGUUAUUCACUCAUUCACAUUCAAAGCGAAGUCUGUUUAACUGAUUCAGUUGAUGUGUGCAUAUAGCCAUUGUCAGUCACAAUAUUUUUUAUGAAAGUUAAACUUAUUAACUUUUGUUGCUCCUAAUAUUGAAUAGAAAUUUCAGACUUUGAAUUGUCGUUGGUUGAAAAUAUUGGUAAUGAUCAGACAAGCUUUAUCCAUCAGCAAUAUGGGACACAAAAAUUAUUAAAGCAAACGGCAAGGAGCGGGGAUUGUGCAUAUUUGUGUAUAAUCUUCACUGACAAAGUUUUAGUCAUAAGCUAGAAAUACCUGUAUCUGAUUGGCUAACAGCCAAUAUGUCAGUGAAUAUCACUGACGAGGUACUGUGAAACACUCCCUGAUACCUCGGUCACAUCUGCUCUAAUAAAACGGCUGUUUCAACUCCCUGUACAUCCGCCGUAGAGCAAAUGUGACCAGGGUAUUAGUCCCCUUGUAACUAUAGUGUUUCAUGUACAAUCAAACAUACUGUAUAUGUGGAUGAUGAAAUUCGUUUCAGGGUAAUUAUGUAUUCUUUUUAUAGUAUUAAUCAAAGUGUAAUGUUCAAAGUACUGUAAUAUAUAUGAAUCUUUGUUGUAUUCAAAAUAAUGAUAUAUCAUUAUUCACAUCUUUUUUCUGGUAUAUUGUUACAAGCAAUAUAUGCCUGCCCUGUCAACAUUGAGAAGUUUUGUAUUUGAGAUUGUCGUUGGCCGCUUAGAAAACUGAUCUGAAGAAAGAAAUAAAACUCUCAAAGAGUUAUCAGAUUUUCAGUUGGUUCGGCUGUACGAUAUACUAUUCAUGAAUAUGUCCCUUUUGCACAGAAUAUCAAUUUGAAUAUUUAGUUUUAUCCCCCUUUUAUGUUUUCAUUUCUCCCUGCAUGUAAAAAUGCUAUCUGGCUUUUUAAGUAAAAAUGGGGAAAAUAUGACAGUUCUGUGUCUUUUUGAAUAAUCACUUAUGUGUAUGUAUUAUACAAGUUUUGGCUGAAGUAAUAUAGUCAAUUGAA